AUGAAAAAGGUUGUUUAAAAAAUCUAAAGCUUAAAAAAUAUUUCUUAAAUCAUAGCUUAAGGAGAUCAUGCUGUUACAGUAAAGAAUAUGUUAAAUGCUUUUGAAAAAUAAACAAAAGAAGAUUUAAGUUAUUUGGAAAAGAAUUUGUUAAAGAUAUUCCCACUUUUUAAUUUGAUAAAGAAAUAACUAAAAUCAUAAUCAAAAUUUUAUGAACUUAUAUCUCAUCUUUUAAUUGAGAACUUUUAAAACAAUUAGGUUAUUUUUUAUAAAGGGGAUAUUGGAAGAAAAAUGUAUUUUGUUCUCUCUGGUCGUCUUUUGAGCUACCCUUAUGAUUUUCGAGAUAUAAGUAUUUAAAUUUUUGAUUAGAGAUAAACAUACCGCAAAUAAGGAACUAAAUGUAGGAGANGAUGAUAGUAAAUUUUAACGAUUAUAAAAUUUUAGUUAGUUCUAAUUAGACAAAAAGCAAAUUAGAGAUUUUAUUAGAAGAAAGAAGAAAUAGAAAACCACCUAAACUCUAAUAAAUUUAAAAUGAUUACAUAUAAAAAAUAUAAGAUGAAACAGUGGUCGAUUCUGUAUAUAGCAAAGAAGGACCUAUGCCAAAAACUAUUUAAUAAAUGUUGACAGAAUAUUAAGGAAUUAAAGGAGCUGUUAAUAUUGGUUAAGAAUGGACAGAUAUUAUAUAAUAAGGUGUGAAAACCAAUUUAAAAAAUUAAGAAUAAGCUGCAAAUAGUAAUAAUUUAGAAUAUAAAGUUUAGACUACUUUUGGUUGAUGGCCAAAAAAGGUCGUUUAGGAGUAGAUGGUUUUGCUAUUGCUUUUGGGAUCUUUGGCAUAAUAUUAUUACCAAUAUAUUUUUAUUAGAGAUAGAAUAGAAGAAGAGGAGCUUAUAAAUAAGAAAUUAAAAUUGUAUCUGGAGUUAAAGAUUGGGAAAAUUCAACUUUGGAUAUUGAUGAUGUUUCAGUUUAAUAAACUUAUUAUACAUUAUUUUCAGAAGAAAUACAAGAACUUAUGAAAAAGAAAAUGCAAGUUUAACAACAAAUAAGCAAACUUUUAGGAAGAGAAAAAUGA